AUAGGGGGCACGUGGGCCUCUGAACCCGCAAAUCGCGUUCUCCGUCCCGGCUUCCGUCGGAAGCUCCUGAACGCUUUUGGCGCUGCAGGGUAGAGGUCUCGAGCCCAGAGAAAGAACCUGCGGACCGCGUGGUGAAGCAGUUUCGAGCGCACAACAUGGGCAAGAAGCAGAACACAAAGGGUAAGAGGGAUUCGUCUGAGACUCAAGAAGAGCCGGAGGAGUUUGUGGUGGAGAAAGUGCUCGACCAGCGUCUCGUCAAUGGGAAGGUGGAGUUCUUCUUGAAGUGGAAAGGAUUCACAGAUGCUGACAAUACCUGGGAGCCAGAGGAAAACCUUGACUGUCCAGAGCUUAUUUCAGCCUUUUUGGAAGCACAGAAGAACAUAAAGGAGAAACCAGCUACUGUAAAGAGGAAGGCAUCCACAGAAGAGCCAGAGAUGGACUCAAAGAAGAAAGAAGUGGCCGAGAAGCCACGUGGCUUUGCACGAAACCUGGAACCAGAGCGAAUCAUCGGCGCUACAGAUAGCAGCGGAGAGCUGAUGUUCUUGAUGAAGUGGAAAGACUCGGAUGAAGCAGACUUGGUCCCUUCUCGCGAGGCCAACACUCGCUGCCCUCAGGUGGUCAUAUCAUUUUAUGAAGAGAGACUGACGUGGCAUUCCUGUCCAGAGGAUGAAGCUCAGUAGGUCAUCGCAGCUCCUUGCUCCACCCACACCCUUUCCUCAGGACUGGAUUCUUUCCUCGCUUGCCUUCUAGUUACCUUUUUAGAUAAAAUAAAGUUUGUUUUUUUGUGCAAAUAUUUGUUCACUUGCAUUUAUGCACGUCUUUGCUAAAGUUUGUUAGCAAGCGGGUGACAGUAUUGUGUUAUAGUCAAACAAGUCUUCCAGUAUCCUGAUUGCGCUGUUUGGCAGACUCCACCACUUCACAAAUUCAUGUAUUCAAAAGUUUUAAGGUUUUAAAUGGUAGUUUGAAUCUAUGAAUCUGUCACCUUUUCAAUGUUAUGUAAAAAA